AGCGUGCCCUGCGUGCGGGUGCCCGCCGAGCCCGCCGGGCGCUGGUUCCCCGAGUGCCCGGGCCGGGGCUUGAGGAGCGGGCACCGGGCCGGGGCAGCGAGCAGUAAGCAGAGCAGACGGCGGGCGCUGCCUGAGGCGACAAGGACAGCGAACGAGACGGUAAAGAACAGAUCCAAGAAAAGCUCGAAGAAAACAAAUCCCAGCAGUAGCAGCAGCAGCAGUAGCAGCAGCAGCAAGUUGCCUCCAGUUUGUUAUGAAAUAAUUACCUUGAAGACUAAAAAGAAGAAGAAGAUGGCUGCUGAUAUAUUCCCCCGAAAAAAACCAGCCAACUCCAGCAGCACCACUGUCCAGCAGUACCACCAGCAGAAUCUCAGUAACAACAACCUUAUUCCGGCCCCGAAUUGGCAGGGUCUUUAUCCCACCAUUAGAGAGAGAAAUGCAGUGAUGUUCAAUAAUGAUUUGAUGGCAGAUGUACAUUUUGUGGUUGGGCCACCAGGUGGGACUCAGCGGUUGCCAGGACACAAAUAUGUUUUAGCUGUUGGGAGCUCUGUUUUCCAUGCAAUGUUUUACGGAGAACUUGCCGAGGACAAAGAUGAAAUCCGUAUACCAGAUGUCGACCCUGCUGCUUUUCUCGCUAUGCUGAAAUACAUCUAUUGUGAUGAAAUUGACUUGGCUGCUGACACAGUCUUGGCCACUCUUUAUGCUGCCAAAAAGUACAUCGUCCCUCACCUCGCCCGGGCCUGCGUCAAUUUCCUGGAGACCAGCCUGAGCGCCAAGAACGCCUGUGUCCUCCUGUCCCAGAGCUGCCUGUUUGAGGAGCCGGAUCUGACCCAGCGGUGCUGGGAGGUGAUCGACGCCCAGGCCGAGCUCGCUCUCAAGUCUGAGGGGUUCUGUGAUAUUGACUUCCAGACACUAGAAAGUAUCCUCCGCAGGGAAACUCUGAAUGCCAAAGAAAUUGUGGUUUUCGAGGCAGCUCUCAACUGGGCUGAAGUGGAAUGCCAGCGACAAGAUCUGGCUUUGAGCAUCGAAAACAAGCGCAAGGUCCUCGGGAAGGCUCUUUACUUGAUCCGCAUCCCGACCAUGGCCCUGGACGAUUUUGCAAACGGUGCUGCACAGUCUGGAGUCUUAACUCUGAACGAGACGAACGACAUCUUCCUCUGGUACACCGCAGCCAAGAAGCCCGAGCUGCAGUUCGUGAGCAAAGCCCGCAAGGGCCUCGUCCCACAGCGCUGCCACCGUUUCCAGUCGUGCGCCUACCGGAGCAACCAGUGGCGCUACCGGGGCCGCUGCGACAGCAUCCAGUUCGCCGUCGACAAGAGGGUGUUCAUCGCGGGCUUCGGGCUGUACGGCUCCAGCUGCGGCUCGGCCGAGUACAGCGCCAAGAUCGAACUCAAGCGGCAGGGUGUCGUCCUGGGGCAGAACUUGAGCAAGUACUUCUCAGACGGCUCCAGCAACACCUUCCCCGUGUGGUUUGAGUACCCGGUGCAGAUUGAGCCGGACACCUUCUACACUGCCAGCGUGAUCCUGGACGGCAAUGAGCUCAGCUACUUUGGACAGGAAGGCAUGACAGAAGUUCAGUGUGGCAAAGUCACUGUCCAGUUCCAGUGCUCGUCGGACAGCACCAACGGCACUGGGGUGCAGGGGGGGCAGAUCCCCGAACUUAUAUUCUACGCUUGAGCGCGCUUCCCAGAGCAGUGCAGGCUCUGAGGUGCACACCACACUCCUGCUUGCUUGAUGCUUAGCUCAGCUGCAGAUACGCAAUCAGCGCAGGCGAUUUGUAAUGAACGGAGCUGUAGGCAGGUUCUAAUUUCUUUCAACCUUUUAAUUAUGUACAGACAAAAAUGCGGCAUUCAGCUUUUUACUCUAUGCCUAAAAGAGCCAAGUUCUCAUCAAGGCUUGUGGUUCUUGGAGUUGGAUCUAUACAUCUGGGGAGAUUUUGAGUUCUUUUCCAACUGCCCAACUGACCUCCCAGUUUUGUCCCUCUUAGGAAAAUUUUCAGAUCACCUCAAAUUCCCUUUUGGGCUUUAUUUUAAAUAGGAAUAAAUAGUCUAAAAUAACAAUAACAAGAAUUAUUUUUAAACAGAGCCCUUCACUUCCCAAAAAACAAAUAAACCUCAGUGUACAAUUUUGAAAGACGUUUUGCUUGAUAAUUAAUAAUUUAGAAAGUAGACAGUAGUCACCUUUACCUUCUUAUUUUAUUUCCUUUUAAAUAUUUUACUUUGGGGCAUUGCUUUUUCUUAAAUCCUAAAUUCAUAAGAUUGUUAAAUUUUAAACUGCAAAGUGUCAAUGUAAAGUAAACAAGAAAUUGGAAGUUUUAGGUCAUGACUUUUGCUACAAACAGAUUUAUAUUCUUUUAGUUUAGAAGACAGACUAUUGCAGUACAGAGACUUCUUUUAGAAGUAACUAAAUUAUAAAAUUUUAUUGUCAUUAGGAAAAAGUUGCAGGCCUAUUAAUUUAAACUAAAACGGUUUUAAAAGGAAGCCUAAAAAAGUCCCAUACGACAAAUAGUUUAAUUGGUGGCAAAUUAUAAUACAGAGUUUGAAAAAGUCAGACCCUUUUCCCUGCUUAGCUUCUGAUCCCUGCCAUUUGCUGGUUUUCAAAAGUUGUACUGUAUAGAAUUCCUAUUCCCUUUUUCCCAUGAAAAGAGGACCAAACAAUUCUUUAGAUGAAUGGAAUGACAAUUAGUUUUGUAGCACCACAUGUUAAUAUAAUAAGAUAUUUUAUUCAUUGAUUUUUUUUUUAAUCUGAAAUGUAUUUCACCGGAUCUACUUUGACCACAUUGUAUCUUCUUAGUUAAUUAUAAUUCUGUCCUGUUCCUGGACUGCUAGAAUCUGGCCUCUGGCCAUCUUAAAGUGCCAAUAUAUGCCUGCAGGGUUUUUAGGAAAUGGUCUAGAGCGAUACACUUGAUGAUACCUAAUAUUCACUGCCUCAGCAUCACAUCCAGCUCUCUGAUUUGUCCACGGAUAAUGUAAACAAAGGAGGGAAAAGCUCAUCAAAACAUUCUCCUUCAGCGAAGGCUUGUGCUGGCUUAGUGCCCGUGACCCUGGUGGUGUCCACUGUGUUCACUCCCAGUUGAAGUAUCCAUGUGUUUCUGGGCAGCUUUUCUGCCCAGCGUGAUCCUGAGAUGGCUUCCCCACCACCCAGAGUGUGGUCGCUGGCCGCCUCCUUCUUCUGCUCUGUGAGCCCGAAGCUGGCUCUGGAGCAGGGGUUAGUCCUGGGGUGGGUGUGUGCGUGGGUGCCUGUGCGCGUUCAGGUGCGUGCCAGCUCAGGAACUGUCUCCUCCCUGCCUGGUCAGUGAGGCCUGGGACAGAAAUGGUCCCCCUGCUGGCCCCAGCUGGGCCCCAGUGAGUGACUGCCUGUGCUUCUGGGCCACUUCUCCCCCUGUAGACGUGGGCUUGUUGCUUCCACUGGCUUCCCUGAUGGAGGAGAACACUGGAUUACGGGAAAUGUUUUAAUCACCUUUACCAUUACCUAUGUCUGUUAGCAUAGAUGAUCAAAAGCUAUUACGGUGAUUAUAGAUGAGUAUUCCCAGGACAACUUUCCAAAAUUAUCUAACAAUUAUUUCUUAUUAGCAAGAUGACAGUAGUUUUGGCAAACUAUGAAAUAAAGGUACGUUUUCAAUUUAAAAAAUACUUCUACAAAGGGUUUUAUUUAUAAAUUAUGGUUAAACAUUUCGGUAACUCAUAGUUACCUUGCAAAUUGGUAGACUAUAUACCUAAUUGGAAGGCACUCAUUUUUAAGCCAGAGGAGAAGAAACUUUAUUUAGCACUAAUUUCAUUAUAUCAGAUUGUUGGCGGUGGGUGUGAUAACCUUAGAGUGAAGAUUGUUCAUUCAGUAACACCCAUGGUCAGUGCUCCUGUUAGUAGCUGCCCUCCAGAGGCUGGGGAACCGCUGGGUGAGUGCCACGUGAGAUCCUGUACACUAGGUGUGGAAGAACUUAAUUUUAUAUUAAUUACUAUCACCUGAAGAAGAAAAAACCAAAACCCAUCCAUUAUCUGAUUGGCUGGUGCCAAGAUCUGUGGGUUAAAUUUGAAAGUUCUACUUAAAAUAAGAAAAAUUUAUCUUUUAAAUCCUAUUCUCCCUUCUGCAUUUUCAGUGACAUGGAAUUAAGGCUAAUGUGCUUGCUUUAUUUUCUUUGGUAAUCUCAAAUUUUGUAGCUUUUUAAACUAGAAACCAUCGUUCUGACAAAGCGGGCAACUGUAGUGUAUAAACGCAACUUUAUUGAAUAAUGCCCUAUAGAUGCUUUUCCCAGUGUAUCUGGCAGUCUUUGUCAUUGUUUAUAUCCUGGGGAUAAGGGGAGCUAGGCUAGCAGUUCUAAUGUAACAUUCUUUAAGCAUAUCUUAAUAUAGUAUUUAAGUAAAUGGUCUAAUUUCUACAUAACUGUUGCACUGAACUGUCUUUUUUUUAAGGUGUUUAAAUAAGCUCACUAAUUCAAGACACUAGCCACUUGUGCAUCAGAGUGCUUGAAUUCAGUAGCUUACAGCAUUAUUUAUGAAGGAAAAAUAUAUAAAUAUGAAGUACCUCAUGUUGAAUGUUAUUGUACUGUAUUUUUAAUGUAACAGUGCAGAUCUUGUUAGACACAUGAAUGUAUAUAAUCAUGUUAAGUGAAAAUAAAAUAAAACUGGUUCAUA